AUGAAACUCUACGACGCACAAGCUCCAAAUCCGUUUGCCGUCCGCCUAUUCGUUCUCGAGCGUGGCGGCCUAGAGUUCGACGUUCAGACCAUUGACAUUAUGAACCUAGAGAACCGACGGCUCGCAUAUCGUAGCCUGAAUCCACGAGGCGAAGUACCAGCCCUAGACAUAGGUGGUUUCAUCUUGACCGAAAUCACCGCGAUAUGCGAAUAUCUCGACGAGGUCGCCAAGGGAGGGAAAUCCCUGUUCGGCGACACGGCGCUCGAGCGUGCUGAGACCCGUAUGUGGCUUCGGAGGAUGGAUCUCGAACUGGCUCAGCCUAUUAUUUCCUGGUAUCGGAACGACCCUGACACCAUUGACUUCUACAAGGGCAACCGAAUCCCGACACCUGAGGCUCGCGUAGUCCAAAAGGUCACCAUCAACCAGUUCCUAAACCUCCUCGACGAUCAACUUGAAGGCAAGGAAUAUCUAUGUGGUUCACGGUUCUCAGCUGCCGACAUCCAUUUUUAUGGACUGCUCAAGAUGAUGGUUAUGCAAGUCGCUCAGUGGGUCCUGAGCCCUGGGCGCAAAAACGUGGUGGCGUACUUUGAAAGGAUGGAUGCCCGAAAAGCCAGUCGGCAGGCUCUUCAGCCAUUUGGAUCGAAGGUCUCGGUAUAG